CCUCGUAGCGGUCCCUCGGUAGUUUGGGUCCGUGCUCUUUCCGUUCCGUCCCGCCCGUGCGUCGUUCUUUCCGUUCCGACCUUUUUCUCCCUCCGCCCCGGUGCUUUCUCUACUCUUCGGCCCACGUGUGGAUUUAACUCGGUUUUUCGCCUCAACGUUCGCCGUAAACGUUUGGACCAAAUGUCGUCGUCUUUCGAGCAGAUGAGGGCGAACGUGGGGAAGCUCCUGCGGGGCAUCGAUCGGUACAACCCGGAAAACCUUGCAACGCUGGAGCGCUACGUGGAGACGCAAGCGAGAGAGAACGCCUACGACCUGGAGGCCAACCUGGCUGUCCUGAAGCUGUACCAGUUUAACCCCGCCUACUUCCAGACUCAGGUGACCUCACAGAUUCUGCUGAAGGCUCUGACCAACCUGCCACACACCGACUUCACUCUCUGCAAGUGCAUGAUCGACCAAACACACCAGCAAGAGGAGCGCCCCAUUAGACAGAUCCUGUACCUGGGGAACCUGCUGGAGACCUGCCACUUCCAAAGCUUCUGGACGAGUCUCGAGGAGAACCGAGAGCUCAUCGACGGCAUCACUGGUUUCGAGGACUCCGUCCGCAAGUUCAUCUGCCAUGUAGUGGGCAUCACCUACCAGACCAUCGAGCACCGGUUACUGGCGGAGAUGCUGGGAGACCCGCUGGACACGCAGGUGAAGGUUUGGAUGAAUAAGUACGGCUGGACGGAGAAUGAGGAUGGACAGAUCUUCAUCUACAACCAGGAGGAGAGCGUCAAGCCCAAGAACAUCGUGGAGAAGAUCGACUUUGAGAGUGUAUCCAGCAUCAUGGCUACAUCUCAGUGAGGCAAAACGUAGCACGUCUACACACAUACACGUCAGUCAGGACAGAUUCCACCCCGUCAUUUGUUUUCAUAAUCACACUUUUCUCAAUAAAAGUAAUUUAUCAUGAA